AUGAAAGGGUCAGAAAUUGCCGAGCCAGCCCAGAGUGGCUUCGCUCCAGCCGCAGCUUAUGAUGCUCAUCGCCCAUCAUAUCCAGACGAAGCGGUCCAACGGCUCCUCCAGGCCUGUGAAGUAGCCGGAGUAAAGGGAGCAAAGAUUGCAGACCUCGCAGCUGGGACGGGGAAAUUCACAGAGACUCUGGCACGAAGACCCGAAGAAUACGACAUCGUUGCCGUGGAGCCUCACGAUGGUAUGCGGUCGCAACUGGAGCAGAAGAGUCUGCCUCGCGUGCAGGUUUUGAAAGGAAGGGCCGAUAGUAUGCCUGACAUCGCCGACGAGGCUCUUGCUUGCAUCAUAGCGUCACAAUCGUUCCAUUGGUUUGCCAACAUGGACGCACUGAAAGAGAUUGCUCGGACUCUGCGGCCAGCGGGCGUGUUUGGAAUGAUUUGGAAUAUUGACGAUUAUAAUUCGCCAAAAUCAUGGAACAUCCAUCGUGGUUGGGAGCAGGCCAUGCGCGACGUGAUCUGGACGUUCGAGGACGGCUCGCCACGCUUCCGACACGAAAAGUGGCGACAAGUGUUCGAGGACCAGACUGCGAGCAAUCCCUUGAGCGUGCAUUUCGCCAAUCCACUGUUCGAGUUGCCCUUGGGCGAGGGCAGUGUAGAGUUCCAAUCGUGGCUGUCAAAGGAAGAACUCUGGGCCAGGCUGAGGACGUUGAGUCAGCUCGCGAUAUUGGAGGGUGAAGAACUGGACACGGUAAGAAAAACAUUCGAUGAGAGUCUGAAGUCGGAAGGGACCGAAAUCAACGAAGACGGUUUGGUGGCCGUCCACGGCCGGACUGUAUUCUUCUGGACGAGCAAAAUCCCUGCUGAGCCGCUCAAGAGCAGUGGCUAA